UUUCUCAAAUCAGAAAUCAGUUCAGCACUAACCAUGGUCUGGUUAGGUCAUCUGAUAUUCCUAAAUCUGCUGUACCUGUUCAAAUGUGACUGCGUCAUAAACCACCAGCCCCUUGAGGAGCUAUGGCAGAAACAACUGCAUAAGGACUUACACACAGACUACAAAUGGGAAAACCCAAACCAGUGCAACGUCACCGAAGUCAAACUGAGGUUCAACAUUCAUACCUUCGAAUUGGAUACUGAUAGUGACAUUUUUACCGUGCACGGCGCCAUGAAGUUGUCUUGGAAUGAUAAAAGGCUUAAAUGGGACCCGAAGCAGUACGGGGACAUUAAAGAAACUUAUUUCAGAAGGAUCGCCUACUGGGUCCCUUUUGUAGAGCUAAACAAUCCGUCGGAUGAAGAUGAAAAAGGAAUGGAUUACGAAGUGUGCAAGAUAAAAAGUAAAGGCGAUGUAGUAUGUGCACCGAGGUAUAUGGAUUCCACUAAGUGCGCGACAAAGAUAGGCAGAUGGCCUUACGAUACUCAAGAGUGCACGCUGGAGUAUAGAAUUACAAAAUUUCAGAAGAAUGUACACCUUAAUACGAGAGAAGGAAGAGACAUAGAGGUGAUGGAACUAGAAGGGUCGACAUCAUUCUCUAUUGUUAAACACCGUCUACAUUCGAAUGUGAGCGAUGACGUACAGCUUCGGAUAACAUUUGUGUUAAUUCGCAAUGGAGAAUCUUUCGCUGCUAUUAUAAUAAUGCCAUUAAUACUACUAUCAAUAUUAACCGUUUCUUCUAUCAUUUUGGAUGUAAAUGACAGGAACCGUUUUCUCUUAAUAAUAUUUUCUAUGGUUUGCCAUUGUUUCCAUGUAUUUAACAUAGAGAGGGAUAUCCCAAGGAAAAGUUCUGAGUCUCCGACUAUUUUGUGGUUUUAUCGAUCGUCCUGGAUAUUGACGAUGAUAUUAAUGACUGUUACUGUUAUUUUGAUGAAAUUUAGGAACAAAUUAUCAACUCCGCCCAGGUGGGUUAUUUAUGUAAAUAGUAAAGUUUUGAAAUCACCUAGGAAGUAUUUGAUUUGGCCUCGUUGGGAGUCAAAUAUGGACUACUUGACUACAGACGAUGUACAAGUAAAAGAUGUCGAUGCAUGGAACAUGUUUGCCAAUAUUGUAAAUAGUGUGUGUAUUUUCAUUGCUGUAGUUGUGUAUUCUAUUAUGAUUCCUGUAUGCAUACCUAUGCAACAUUAAUACUGUGUUUUAUUUUUCUAAUAUACAUUUUCUUUGUAA